AUGGCCCCGGUCAGCCUCCUCGCCCGCCUCAAGAGCUUCUACUCAAAACAAGAUGAUGAGCCGGCUAUCUCGGCGCAGGCAGCCGCUUGCAUAUCGGUCUGCUUGACAAUAAUUUAUGUGCUGCCAUUCUAUGUAUCACCGGCGACCCGGCCAUCUGCUACUCUUAGUCGCGAUGCGCCGUCGGUAAUCCGGGCCAGAAUUAGGGCCGUCACACUGUCCUGCAUCAUAUGUACCUUGGCUGUGCUUUGGCUCAUUGUUGCCAAAGACAACGCCACCAUUGCCGAUGCCCUCAAGCUCACGGGAUGGUGGCCCAUCAGCUUAAUCGACGUCGUACGUAGCCUCACUUUAACGGCCAUCCUCUUCACAGGACCCCUUUUCGAGCGCGGAGUUGCCGAGGGCGAGUGGAGAGAUUGGCUCAGGGGGGCUCGAAUCUCUGAAACCCUCGGCGGGUGGAUUGGAUGGAGGAACUAUAUCGCUGUAAGCCAGUCGACUACCUGA